AUGGGAAGCACGGCUGGUUCGAGCAAAGACGAGUCCGAGGACACGUGCGUCAUAUGCCUUUCUUCCGUCACUGAGAGGGCCAUUACGGUUCCAUGCAAUCACUACACUUUUGACUUUGUCUGUCUGGUGAGCUGGCUACAGGAGCGCUCUACUUGCCCGCUAUGUAAAACGCAGAUAACUGCUGUCCAGUACGACUGGCAAUCCCCUACCGAUUACAAGUCCUAUACGAUCCUGCGAACUCAUGUACCCACCAGUACGCCGAGUACUGCUAAUACCAGUCGUGCAUCCCUUUUCGCUCCAUACGGACUUCCAGGCAGACUACGAGGAGCCCACCGUUCUUAUUCUCCUCCAGUCGAAGAUGUGGCGCUUCGCAGACGGCGCACUGUGUACCAGCAGAAGUUGCACUCUCUCCAUGUGGGAAGCAAUCCGUAUUCUGGCUACCGUGACCUGACGCCCCACAUGAUCGCAAACUCGCCCGACCUCCAAUCACGUGCGCGUGCCUGGAUACGGCGUGAAUUGCGCGUCUUCACCUUUCUCUACACCGACACCGAGGCCGUGUCAUCUGGAGGUGCAACGACAAGCGGCAACGCGGAGUUCCUUCUCUCCUACAUUGUGUCCAUCCUGAAAAUGGUGGACCUGAGGGCAAGCAAUGGACACGCGGAGACUCUCUUAUCUGAGUUCCUCGGAAGAGAAAAUGCGACACUCUUCCUACAUGAGCUCAAUUCUUGGCUGAGAAGUCCAUACAAGAAGGUUGAAGAGUGGGACAAAGAAGUGCAAUACAGGCACAAUCUAGAAUCAAUCUGUAGCGGGGAUGGAGUAUGA